AUGGCCAACGUCUCUCACGGUCGCGGAGGUGCCGCGAACAUAGGCCCCGACGACCACACCUACGUCGAUGGAGGGAUAGUGCGCGAGGGACCUGUCGGGAACCAAGGUGACGGACCAUACUCGGCAGGUCGCGGUGGUGCAGGGAACAUUGAGCAUGAGGUGAAGCCAACAUCAGACGUGCCGCACGAUGCAGAAGUUGUUCCCGAGACUGCCACGCGUGUUGCCAAGGUAGAGUCUCACCACGUUGGACGAGGGGGCGCGGGAAAUGAACAACAUAUCCACGAGAAGAAGCAAAGCGGUUGGAUGGACAAGGUCAAGGGAUUCUUCGGGUCUCCGUCUGUCAAGAAGUAA